AUGGUCCUGCAACGAGCAAUGUCAUCGACUCAUUCUCUGCACCAAUUUCGAAAGCUGAAGCGCACAAUCCGAGAUCUGAGGAAGGAGAAACAGGUCCCGCCUGGAAAGCGAUUUGCCGAACUAGAAGAUUCAGUCAAGAAUGCCAUUCUCGGAGCUGUUCUGCACAGGUCGCCAGCCAUAGCACGAUACACAGAGUAUUGGCCAGUGGCCACGUAUUUUGACUUUGACUCUAAGCGACACGCCGCUCGAGAAACCCGCCGUGCACCUAAACGCCCUCUCAACGUCACCUCUUCUUCUGCCGAUCCUAAUUGCAUGGCAAUUGCUUCAAAAAGGGCUAGAUUAUCAGGGCUGCGACACCCCUCUAUGGCAGGUCCAGACAAGGCUUUAUCCCGGCCUCCAAGAUUCUUUGUAGGCAAGCCUCCCCCAGGUGUGGCAUCUCAAAUGGUCGUGCAUGUCGACGAGUCAAGGGCCUUCGCUAUGUACGUUCGUGCACGCGUCGGCAAGCCCACCAACGACGCCAUGCCUGACAAGGAAAGGUCGAUGGCCUUGGUAAAGGGCGGGACUGCUUUACUCGCAGUCUCUUGCACCCCACCAGAAGAAGUCAACUCCUCCCCGCCCACCAAAGCGCCGAGCAUCCCGGGUGGACGAAUAGAUGUCAAAUGCCCUCGAUGUAGGUAUUUGCCAGAAUCGUCUUCACCCUGGCUGCACAACGCUGUUUUGCGCGACGUCGUCAACAACCCAGUCCAUCUUCGAAUCUUCCGUGAAAUGGGCCUCGCGUCUGACGGGCAUCUACACGUCCUCCGCGGAUGGAGCCUUAAGGAACGAUCUUUGCUCCUUGACUGGGUCGACCCGUCCCUCAUCAAGCCAUGGGAUAAACUCCUUUUACUAAAGAGGUUUCAGGCCGCUGAGAAGCUUCUGGAUUUGGCCUAUUGUGCUGUUGAAGAGGCACAUCGGUUGCCGCAGGGAAUAUCGCAACCUGGACCUGAAGACGAGGAGCAGAUCACGGAUCCUGGGCAGCCUCUCUCACUCCUCAGGAAGGCCAUGAAUAUCCCUGAGGAACAUCAUUUCCAGCAAGUCAUUAACACAAUGGCAGCGGGUAUUCGGGACUAUCUUCAUUCUUACUUCCCCAGCCCUGAUCUACUUGAAGCGACAGUGAAAAAGGUUGUAGCGAGCGGAUCGUACUUUGACCGGUACGAGAACCAUUGGCCGAUUAGGUUCUACAUCAAGCGAAAUGUUCGCAGGUUGCGGAACAAACCCCUAGACCAUACUGGGAGAGUCAUGCUAGGUGGCCUGAAUGCUCUAGAUGUUCCUUUCUCGCCAUCCGGGACUUCCUAA